CUCUUGGUGGGGAAGGCGGUACUUUCUGGAAAAACCGUGGAUAAGAAGUAGUAAAAGAGGACUUUUCUGUGCUUUUUCAGUGACAAGUCGGACAAAAUACCGUUAUUCAUAAUCUUAGUUCACAUAUCACGACAUAACAACUUAAAUUACCCUCCAUAAACGCGUUUUAUUAGCAUUUGCCUCAGCUACAAACAGAGGCCAACAUGAAGCUAACGGACAAUGUGCUGCGGAGUUUCAGGGUAGCUAAAGUGUUCCGAGAAAACUCCGACAAAAUUAAUUGUUUUGAUUUUAGUUCAAACGGUGAAACUAUUAUAUCCAGUAGCGACGAUGAUUCUCUAGUCCUGUACGACUGCCAAGAGGGAAAACCCAAGAGGACACUUUAUAGUAAAAAAUACGGGGUAGAUCUCAUCAGGUACACACAUGCAGCCAACACAGUGGUCUACAGCUCGAACAAAAUUGAUGAUACAAUCAGGUAUCUGUCACUUCAUGAUAACAAAUACAUAAGAUAUUUUCCUGGGCAUAAUAAAAGAGUAACGUCCUUAUCCAUGUCUCCUGUGGAUGACACCUUUAUAUCCGGUUCAUUAGAUAAAACUAUUAGACUAUGGGAUCUGCGCUCUCCAAAUUGUCAGGGUCUUAUGCACCUACAGGGGAAGCCGGUCUGUUCCUUUGACCCAGAGGGGCUCAUCUUUGCAGCAGGAAUAAAUUCUGAAAUGGUGAAGCUGUAUGAUCUUCGUUCAUUUGACAAGGGUCCAUUUGCCACCUUUAAACUUCAGUAUGAGCGAACAUGUGAGUGGACUGGGCUUAAGUUCAGUAAUGACGGGAAACUGAUUCUUCUCUCCACAAAUGGAGGAGCCCUGCGCAUCCUGGAUGCUUUCAAGGGUGCUGUACUACAUUCAUUUGGGGGCUACAACAACAGUAAAGGUGUAACAUUGGAAGCAUCCUUCACUCCAGAUUCACAGUUCGUUAUGAUUGGUUCAGAGGAUGGAAAGAUCCAUGUGUGGAACGCAGAGAGUGGGAUGAAGGUGGCUCUUUUAGAUGGGAAGCACACAGGGCCCAUCACUUGUCUGCAGUUCAACCCAAAGUUCAUGACAUUUGCAAGCGCCUGCUCCAACAUGGCGUUUUGGCUUCCAACCAUUGAUGACUGAGGACUGACAUUUUUACAAAGGACUGAUAUAACCUAGUGUGACCAGGAGGUGGCAGUGUUGCCAGUGUCACUACGCAAACUUGUUGUAAAUAUGUUCGUUCAAAAGACUUUUUAAUGUUUGUCUGUUUUUUUAUAUUUUUAUUUAACAUUAAAUGUCUUUGUAAAUA